AUGGAAGAAGCCAUCAGGAGACACUUUUUCCACCACGGCAAGGACGGAUCCGAAGAUGACCGUGAUGGCUGCCACUGGUGCCAGCUCCGACGUUUCCCCACACAUUCUUACGCUCCCAUCUCGGUGAUCAACGAGGUUGAUACCCACGUCCUCCCGCAGGGCUUUAAAUUCAUCAAUGAAAUAGCUCUCGGCGAUGGCGUAAAACCGGCCGAGUUGAGCUUUCGCAGCGGCUGUACGUGCAGCAAUGUGUUUGAUUGCCAGUAUACAGGGUGCUUGUGUCUUGCCGACCUGGAGGAUGAUGAGAAGGACGAUGAAUCAAAGGCCGGCGAGCACGAGACAAGGGAUGACGAGAUGAAAGAAGAGAUCAAGGACGAGAUGAAGGACGAGAUACGCAAAGGAACGAACAACGAGAUGCACAAAGAGAUGCACGACGAGACGCACGACGAGAUGAACGACGAGACGCACGACGAGAUGCACGACGAGAUGCGCGACGAAAUGAGUGACAUUUUCGUCGAUCAGUAUAUCGAUGCGGACGAUGAGGCCCUCGCCGGGAAGCACGACCAUGGCGACGACGACGUACGCGAUGAUGACGGCAACGACGAUGAAAGAGAUGACGACGACAGACGUAGCGUCGGUGAUAUGUCCCGGAAAGCCUAUGCCUAUCAUACGCACGGGGUUCGCACACAAGAGGCAAUCAAGAUCGGACAGUUUGUCGACCGGUACUUGGGGGAGAUCAUCACAUCCGCUGAAGCUGACCGCCGCCGUGCAGCCUCCGCCAUCUCGCAGCGCAAGGAUGUCUACCUCUUUGCGUUGGACAAGUUCACUGACCCGGCAUCGCUUGACCCACGGCUACGCGGGCCACCAUUGGAGGUGGACGGCGAGUUCAUGUCGGGGCCGACGCGCUUCAUAAAUCACUCCUGCGACCCCAACCUCCGAAUAUUUGCCCGCGUCGGAGAUCAUGCUGAUAAGCACCUGCAUGACCUGGCCCUUUUUGCCAUCAAGGAUAUAUCAAAGGGAGAGGAGCUGACGUUCGACUACGUCGAUGGUACCGAAUCUGACCAGUCCUCGCACUUGGUUGUGGCCCAUGCCCCUGGGAUCCGGAACCAUGAUCAUGACAAGAUGAGCACUGGUUAG